AUGAAUGGUACACGUGAGCAAUAUAUCAUCGGUAUAGCAGGAGGAUCAAAUACUGGUAAGACAACAGUGACCAAAAGACUUUGUGAACAUUUCAAAUCUAUUGGAUAUGAUGUUACAUAUAUAGCAAUGGAUGAUUAUUAUCUGCCAUAUGAUGAUGAACGUCAUGUUCGAAAUCCGGUCACAAAUGCACCCAACUAUGAUUGUGAAGCAGCCAUCAACUGGGAUGGUCUAAUUUCUGUUAUUAAUAUAUGGAAUAUGGAUAAAACAUACAACGGAAAACCUAAAAUACUUAUAAUUGAAGGUAUAAUGAUAAUGAAUAUAGAGGAGAUCAGAAAAAUGUUGGAUUUACGGUUGUUUUUCAGAAUAACGUAUGAGAAUAUGCGAAAAAGACGAAAAAUGAGAAGAUAUAUAAUAGAAGACCCACCGAGCUAUUUUGAACAGUAUGUUUGGCCGUCAUAUGUGAACACUGUAAAUCAAUUGGCAUAUAUUAAAGACCCUCCAAUAAAAUAUUUCGACAGCAAUGACAGCAUUGACCGUCUGUAUGCAGAAGUAUAUGAAUAUGUCAAUCAAGUAAUUUUUAAAUAA